GCUCGGGAUUUCAGCACCGCGGAGAGCUCCCCGCGGCCGGCCGGCCGGCCCCGGGCAUGGCCAGCGCGCAGCAGGGCGAGAAGCAGCUGUUCGAGAAGUUCUGGAGAGGCACCUUCAAAGCCGUGGCCACGCCGAGACCCGAGAGCGUCAUCGUCGCCAGCAUCACCGCCCGCAAGCCGCCGCCGAGCAGCGAGACGCCGAGCUGCCUGUCGUGCCCAACGGAGGAGAGACGUUUGGAAAAGCCGAGCGGAACCGCAGCUCAGGAGGCCUCCAGCACCAAUGGCUGUGUGAAAGGAAAGGACAGCAGACAGUACGCCCACCACAGAUCCCGCAGCCCCUCACGCGAUGAGGAGUACACGCCACCACCCCCAUCCCGGGGGAAGAAAAAGAAAAAGAAAUCCACUCGUAAGAAGAGGAGGAGGUCUCCAUCGUAUAGCCCCUCGCCUGUGAAGAAGAAGAAGAAGAAGAAAAGCUCAAAGAAACGAAAAAGAAACAGGUUAUCUUCAAAGAAGAGAAGACACAGUUCCUCAAGCCCAAAAAAUAAAAGAAAGGAAGAAAGAAAACACAAAAAACACUCUCGUAGCCGGCCACGAAAAUCCCACCGCCACCGCCAUCGCCACUACCACUCUCGCUCAGAGAGCUCCGAGUCCCUCUCCUCUAGCUGCCAAAGCAGGCACAGAGCCAGGUCUCGGGAGGAAGGCCAUAAAGCAAGACGAAGACGCUCCCAGCACUGUUCAAAGAGCACUGAGACGCAAAGCAUGUCUGCAGAGGGUCAAGCCAGCCAAACCCUUCAGAUCUACAGCUUCCUCUCGGCUAAGGAAGUAAUCUCUCAGUCAGGGUCAUCUGCUGACCUCUUUACCAAAACAGACAGCCCGCUUGGCAACCUAGCCAGUCGGAAUGGAGGGGCCCAUGAAUCUGACUCAGGAAACGAUACUUCUUCCCCUCCCUCCACUCAGACGAGCUCAGCCAGGCCAAAGGACAGCCAGGAGAAAAGAAACCUAGCCCACAAUGGCUUUGGCCGUGCCUUCUCGCCUGGGAAGCCCAAAUUGGCCAACAGCGAUAACAGCUCUGAUUCGGGAAAUUCCUUCACCAGUUGUUUUUCCCAGAGCAAGGGAACAACUUUGGAAAAUCUCUCUCCGGAUGCCCAGGGACAGGACCAAAGAAGUUUCCUGUCCCCGUGUCUCGCCUGCUCGGAGGUGAAGAAGCAGAGCCCCCUGCAUUCCCCGGACCGCAGCUCCCCACUGAGACCGUGCUCCCGCAGCGGGUCGUACACCAGCACAGGGCGGUCCUCCCGUGGCUCCAGUCGCUCCGCCCACUCCCGCUCAUUGCAUCACCAGGCCACGCCCAGGUACUCCCGAAGCAGAUCCUGCUCCUCAGGGAAAAGGUCCUAUUCAUGUUCCCCCAGCUACUCAUCCAAGUCCUGCAAAAGAAGCCCUGGAAGCAGGAACUCCAGACCACGUCGGAGCCCCAGUUAUUCCCGCUACAGCCCCACCAGGGACCGCGCGAGAGAGCACACGUACGGCUCCAGCGAGAAGGAGUCCCAGCGGGAGCGGAACAGGCGGCGGCAGAGGUCCUACUCGCCCAUGAGGAAACGCAGGAGAGAUUCUCCCAGCCACCUGGAAGCGCGCCGCAUCACGAGUGCCCGGAAACGCCCCAUCCCAUACUACAGGCCCAGUCCUUCCUCCUCCAGCAGCGUCAGCAGCUGUUCCUCCUGGUACAGCAGCGUUAGCCGCUCUCCCGGCCGCAGCCGCAGCUACUCCAGCUACAGGAGCAGCCGGAGCAGAAGCUGGAGCAGCAGCAGCGACAGCGGCCGGAGCCGGAGCCGGAGUUCGGGCCCAAGGAGCAGCCGGAGCAGGAGCAAGAGUUACGACUCUGCAGACAGCUAUGACAGCCUGCGGCGCUAGGGCGUCCCCCUCCCGGCCACUGUUUUGCAGCAAAAUCUAACUUGGAAGGAAUGAAGAUCUUUGCCGCCCAUACCCAGCACGCUCUCCUAGUGUGAUAUUCAAACACGUCACACCUUUGUUUACCCAGUAGGAUGCAGUCGCAGUUAUUGGAGGCCUAGACCAUGUGACCGAGGUCUAACUCCACCAGUGUUGCAAGAAUAAACCCUGCACGCGUUGAAUACCCAACCAUGUCUGGUGCAAUUAAACACCAGGCCAGGCAGUUCAAAGGAGGCUGUGUAAAUAGUAAAACAUGGUGUUGACUUGACUUCCUUACUGAUGGGGCUCCACGUACUGUCCUCAGGCCAUGUGGAUGGGAGUAGCACACCUGGACCAAGGGCAAAGAGAUGGCUCCCAAGAGCACGCUGAGCCUGCAGUGUCCUUCGCGUGGGCCUGAUGAUUCACUCAUCAAGGACUGCCUCUCAUCAUACUAUCCCAUGGCAGCUAAAACUCCUUAGGUUUCCCGAUCAGACUUGUAUUGGAGUAAACCUGUUAAAUUAUUUAUUAUUAUUAUUAUUAUUGUGAUUAUUAUUUAAUUCUAUGUCCGACUGGAUGCAAUUGGUCACCGUUAACAGUAUUUAUUUAUUAUAUUUUUGGAAUGAUAAGUUAUUUUUGGAUUUGUUUGUUUGUUUCAAUGUCUCCAUGUCCCGUUGCAAGUGCAAAGGACGGCCUCAGAACUCUAUGAUCGCUUUGCGUUCAGGCCCAGUAUUGACGCAUCUGACUGUAGCUCGUGUUAAAGUUGGUGGUAAGGCAAAGCGGAAUAAGUCCACUUUAUUGUGAUAGAAGAAUGGGGGUGAAAGGUUAACGGGCAUCAGAAGGACACUCUGCGUAGUCUUUUCCCAUUGAAAACUAGGGUUCAUCGCAAAAUCUUUAUCCACCCUUCUGUGUGCUGGAAUCCAAUGGACAUGAAUGGUGCUGGAUUCUAUGUAUGCAUUACAAGCCUGUGAUCUCACAGAGGAUAUGGCAAGAAUCCUGCUGGUUCCUCUCUGGUUAGAUGGGAGAGAGGAGGGAAAUUUGCAGUCCUGCAAAGGGAAAUCACAGAACAGCCCUUUGCUAGGAGUACAGGUGUCAGUUGGCUGAAAGGCAUAUUUCACUCCUCUCCUUGAGUCAGACCACAAAAUAUAACCUGGCUUCUCUGAAGAAGAAACUCUGGUUCCCUCUGGGGUUGCCAUCUGUAGGACUUUUGUAUGUUGUUUGUUACCAAGUGAUGACGUAGCUGCGGUAGAUAAAAGAAACAACAGUACGGAAGAACCAGCAGUCCUGAAGAUGUUUCCAAAACCCGAUGUCGAAGUGACAAAGCCCAGCCAAGUUAUGGGGUAGGUUGGUUUUUCUCACCCAUGGGUGGAGCUAUUUUAAUUUAACUUGAUGAAAUUUCCAGUGCAGCCCAAAAGGCAGCCCUGCUUAUUGGUUG